AUGGCGUGGAAUUGGGAGUCUAUAUUCAAGUUUCUUUCGUGUGAGAACAUCCGCGUUCGCUAUUUCGCCUCCCAAAUCGUCUGUUUGCUAUUAAAUAAAACCGAGAACGAGCGGAACCAGAUGGAGUCCUUGCUGGGAGUGGAUCGUGGUUCAUGUUACCAAUCCACAGCUCUAAUGGAGCUCAAGAAGGAGGAACUUCUUUACAAAGAGAUGAUUACCGAGAAAAGACGCGAAUACCUGGAGCGCUACGGAGAUAUGGAGGAAAUGCAGGUGGAGCCGAAAGAAGGGAUGAAAUCCGAGCGAUACGUUGAAAUCUGCGGUUACAUCUUGCGAUGCAGAGACGGAGAAAGAUCCGCGUCGCCUCCCCACCCGUUCGUGCUGACCGAAGUGUCCCGCUCGAAUCUGCAACAUUUGUGUUUGCAGAUGCAGCACUCCGCGCCGAUUUUACUGCAGGGCGUCGCGGGCUGCGGAAAGACGCGUCUGUUCCAGGAGCUGGCGCAUCAGACGAACAAUGACGAUUAUGUUCAGCUGUAUUUGGACGAUCAGAUGGACUCCAAGACGCUGAUCGGGAACUACGUCUGCACCGAUGUGCCCGGCGAGUUCGUGUUUCAGCCAGGAACGCUGACGCAGUGCAUCACGACGGGUCGAUGGAUUAUCAUCGAAGAUAUCGACAAGGUCCCGUUUGAUAUCGUGUCGACUCUGCUUCCGAUCAUCGAGAAAGGCGAGCUGAGCAUUCCGAGUCGUGGAAUCAUGCUGAAAGUGCACCCCAACUUCCGCUUGUUUGGAACGAGCUGCCAUGACUGCAGCGUGAGCAACAGUCCGAUCAACAGCUUUCUGAGUAAUCACUGGAACAUUGUGGAUGUGGCGAACAUGACAGUGGAGGAUAUUCGCACAAUCAUCGACGAGCGAUUCGGAAAUCUUCUCGACUGCAUCAGAGAAAAAAUCGUCGCAACGUACCAAGUGCUGAGCAUGGCCGACACUUCCUCUUCCUCGAAUGAAGCCGUGAUUGCGAUCCUCGAAGAGCUCUCGCACUUCUCUGUGUCGGUCACGCCCACCGAUCUGAGUGUGUUGAAAUCGGAAUUGCUCCGCAACGGAAAGCCCGUCACGUGUCGCGACGUUCUCAAGUGGUGCAAACGACUCUCCAGCCAGCCCUCCGUUACGCAGAUUGCGAACGGCAAUCUCUCCGAGAAGACGCGUAAAUUGAUUCUGGACGACGCCUUGGAUGUGUUUGCCGGCUGUCUCCCCGAGGGACGUGGCCGCACGAUUUUAUCGCAUAUCAUCGCGGCGGUGUGGGACUUGUCUUCUUCGGUCGUUGACACCUACACCAGCACCGCGCCGCCGUUCGAUUUGGAAGAGAAUGUGCUGAAGAUCGGCCGCGUUCAGAUGCCCCUCGCGAAGGAUGGCCGGCGAAACCGCCCGUUCUACAAAACGAAGCAGGCGCUGCGACUGAUGCAGCAGAUCUGCGUGUGCAUCAACAGCCAGGAACCGAUGCUGCUGGUUGGAGAAACGGGCUGUGGAAAGACGACAGUGAUUCAAUACAUCGCCGAGCUGGUGGGUCAGGAAUUGGUAGUGCUGAAUAUGAACGAGCAGACGCAGUGCAGCGAUCUCGUGGGAGGAUUCAAGCCGGUGGAUCUGCGUCAGCUGGCGAUUCCGCUGUACAAUCGAUGCUGCGAGUUGUUCAAUCUUCUCUUCACGGACAAUAAGCACCCCACGUUCAAGCCUUCGUUGAAGGAAGCGAUGGACAGCAAGAAUUAUCUGAGGUUGGCCAAUCGGCUUGCUCAUUUUGUCUCGUUCGCGGCGCAGAAAAUCGAGAAGGCGAAGAAGCAGAGCUUGGCGAAGAACAACAUGUCCGUCGAGAAAUACGACCGGUGGCUUUCCGUUUUGAGCGGGUUUUUGCAGUCGGUGCAAACCUUCGAAAAGAAGGUCCAUCAAGUCGAGGACAGUUUUGCGUUUUCGUUCGUUCCCGGCGCGUUGGUGGAGGCGAUCGAGAAGGGGAAGUGGGUCCUGCUCGACGAGCUCAACCUGGCUCCAGGCGAAGUGCUUCAGCGAUUAAGCGGACUUUUAGAAAGUGUUACGAGCAGUCUGAUUCUGAGUGAACGCGGCGAUGUGACGCCCAUCAAGCGCCACCCGAACUUCCGAAUCUUCGCCGCGAUGAACCCGGCGACGGACGUCGGAAAGAAGUCCCUGGCUCCCUCCGUGCGGAAUCGAUUCAGCGAGUUUUACGUGGACGAGCUGACCGACCGCGCGGAUCUGGAGCUGAUCGUGCGAUCGUCUUUGGAGAACUGCUCGAUGAGCGACGUUUCGAUCGCUGGAAAGAUCGUGGAUUUCUAUCUUCAGGCGCGCGCCAAAGCCGAAACGUCGCUGGUGGAUGGGGGCAAUCGCUCGCCUCGCUACUCGCUGCGAACGCUGUGCCGUGCGUUGGAGUUUGUGAAUGGAGCGGGGAAUAUGAAGCUGUCGUUCCGUGUGGCGUUGUAUGAAGGACUUUGCAUGGCGUUUAUGACGAUGCUGGACCUGCCGUCGCAGGCGAUUAUGAAGAAGCUGAUUCAGGAUGUCGUGUUCUUCGGAGGCGAUGUUGUUUCGGCGUAUCCCUCGCGGAAUCCUGGCGGUACCAACAGUCACAAAGAGGAGUUCGUGCUUGUGAACAAGUAUUGGAUUCGGAAAGGAGCGUUUCCUUGCGUGGAUCUGAGUCAGCCGACAAAGGACUCGCCGCCACGUUUCAUUCUAACAGAGUCAGUGAAGCAUCGAUUGGACGACUUGUGUCGCGCCGUGCUGAUGGAGAAGUGUCCCGUUCUCCUUCAGGGUCCCACAUCCUCCGGAAAAACAUCGAUGAUUACGUAUUUAGCCGCGCUGACGGGCCACAAAUGCGUUCGAAUCAACAACCACGAAUACACCGAUCUGCAGGACUACACCGGCAUCUACAUCUCCGCGCCCAACGGUCAGCUCGUCUUCCACGAAGGAUUGCUGGUCGAGGCGUUGCGAAACGGGUACUGGGUCAUUCUCGAUGAGUUGAAUCUCGCUCCUUCCGAAGUGCUCGAAGCAUUGAAUCGUCUCCUCGACGAUAAUCGCGAGCUGUACAUCCCCGAAACCAACACAAUCGUCCGGCCUCAUCCGCAGUUCAUGCUCUUUGCCACGCAGAAUCCACCAGGGAAAUACGGAGGCCGCAAAGUGCUGUCGCGCGCCUUCCGCAACCGAUUCCUCGAGAUGCAUGUCGAGGAUUUGCCUCCCGAAGAGCUUCAGAUCAUUAUUGAGAAGCGAUCGGGCGUGUGCACGCGAUUCGCGAAGGAAAUGAUUACGGUGAUGCAGCGGCUUCAGAUCGAGCGGCAGAACAGCAAUGUGUUCGCGGGAAAAGACGGGUAUAUCACGCCUCGCGACUUGCUCCGUUGGGGAAACCGCCGUCCUGCUUCGAGCGAGGAAUUGGCGUAUCAUGGCUAUAUGCUGCUAGCAGAGCGAUUGCGACGCGAUGAUGAGCGGCUGCGCGUGAAGAGCGUGAUUGAAGAGGUGUGCAAAGUGAAACUGGACUUGAAUGCGUUCUAUCUGAACGACGAGAUCAUCGAUCGAAUGAUGGAUCCUUCGCCCUCCGCGUUCUCCCGCCCAAAUCCCAGCAAUCAAUCGGCGCAGCUGUGGAAUCUGCGUACCUUGCAGUCUCUCCAAGAGCAGAUUCAUCGCGAGUAUCUGCAGAGCGAAACGGCGAUUCCAAGCGGAUUGAAAUCGAUCGCGAUCACGGGCACGUUGCAGAAAAUGUUCAAGCUGAUCGGUCUCUGUCUGCACUACAACGAACCCGUGCUUCUCGUAGGAGGAACGGGGUGUGGAAAAACGACCGCCGUUCAGUUGGUCGCGCAAGCCCUGCAUCAGCAUCUCGUUAUUUUGAACUGUCAUGCACAUACCGAAACGAGCGAUAUUCUGGGUGGACAGCGACCUUCGCGAUCGCAUGACGCGGACGCGGUUCUGUUUAAGCAGAGUGUUUUGCAGUACAUUCAAAUGGUGGGAUCGCAACUCACCUACCCAGAGGAUGUUUCGCUCGCGUCUCUGGAGGAAGCGAGAACGUGGCUACUCAACGAAUCGCCCAGCUUUAUCAUGAGCUGGCUGGGUCCACAGCUGCAAGCGCGCGACGAAGCGAUGAGUGACGAGGAGCGAGCAUUGGUGCAAGCAAUUCGUGAAGCGUUCGGUCGGUACCAGACGAUCUUCACGUGGCAGGACGGUCCGCUGCUUUCGACGAUGAAGCACGGCGAUAUUUUCUUGCUGGACGAGAUUUCGCUGGCGGAGGACGCCGUGCUGGAGCGAAUGAACUCGAUUUUGGAGAGCGAGCGCCAAAUCACGGUUCCUGAAAAAGGAGGUGAUUGCAUUGAGGUGAUUACAGCGCAUGAAAAGUUCCGAAUUCUAGCAACGAUGAAUCCGGGAGGCGAUUUCGGAAAGAAGGAAUUGAGUGCUGCGCUUCGAAACCGAUUCACGGAGAUCUGGGUGAGUCCGCUAAACGGAUUGGAGGAUCUUCGUCAGAUUAUGAAGGAUCGGAUUCAGAUGAAAGAGCGAGGAAAUGUUCGGUUUGCGGAGGUGGCGGAUGAGAUCCACCAGCGAAUGGUGGAGUGUUUGCUGCCGUUUGUGGACGUGAUUCUCGCCUUCAUCGAUUUCUACAAUCAGAUUUUGAAUGAGAACACAUCGAGCAUGCAGAACCGAACCGAGGCGACGUGUCGUGAUAUUUUAUCGAUAAUCGAUUUUAUGAAGCUUGCGAUUUGCCACUUGGACAUGUCCCCCUAUGUCGCUUUUGUCGAGUCGAUCAACAUGAUCUUGCUCGAUGGAUUGGGCAUUGGUACCAACAUGAGUUCUACGAUGAGCACGGAAUACAAGCAACGCUGUUAUUCCAAAAUCUUGGAGCUCAUUCCCGCGAGCAACCAAUCCGAAGUGGACCAAUUCUUCCAAAUCAAAAACCAAAUCCAGCUGGACGGCAGUCGCUUCGGCGUGCCUCCGUAUUCCAUCGCGAUGAGCCCUUCUUCGUCCUCCUCCUGCGAUCUCUCUGACUAUCACUUCGCUGCGCCUACCACCGCUUCGAAUCUCCGUCGUGUGAUGCGCGCUUUGCAGCUCCACAAGCCCAUUCUUCUCGAAGGAUCGCCGGGCGUCGGCAAAACCUCGCUGAUUAUGGCGAUCGCGCAAGUGAUCGGGCAGAAGAUCGUGCGAAUCAAUCUCUCCGAGCAGACGGAUAUGGCGGAUUUGCUGGGAUCGGAUCUCCCGAUUCCCGUGGAGGAGCAAUCAUUGGACGAAUCGGGAAAUGCGGUGCAGUUCCGAUGGUCGGACGGAGUGUUGCUUAGUGGAAUCAAGAGCGGUGCUUGGAUUCUGCUGGAUGAGUUGAAUCUGGCUUCGCAACAAGUGCUGGAAGGUCUGAACUCAUGCUUGGAUCAUCGAGCUACGGUUUACAUUCCCGAGAUCGAUAAAGAGUUCCAGUGCCCUCCAUCGUUCCAGAUCUUCGCGUGUCAAAAUCCGUUGGAAGAAGGCGGAGGUCGCAAGGGACUUCCUCGCUCGUUUAUCAACCGAUUUGCGCGCGUGUACGUCGAUACGUUGAAGCAAGACGACAUGCUUCUGAUCAGCAAGCAGCUUAUGAUGAAGAAGAUCGAGCAGUACUACGGAAGCGACAAUCCGCUGCUGGCAUGCGAAUCCGUGUGGAGCAUGCUCGAGAAAAUGGUGACGUUUGUGAUUCGAUUGGACGAGGUUCAAAACGUGGGUCGUGCAAAGAACGUCAAUUCGUUCGAGUUCAAUCUUCGCGAUGUGUUCCGUUGGUGCGAUCUGAUGCUGGCCAAUCAGAGUAUCGCGGAGUUCCAUCCCGAAGUGUUCCUGGACAUGUUGUUCAUCCAGCGAAUGCGAGACGCGCGCCAGCAGCAGCACGUGCUGGAUCUCUUCAACGAAGUCUUCCAGACGUCGUUUGUCCCAGCCCAAUUCCCGCUCGUGCAUCUGACCGACCAUUCCGUGAAGAUCGGAAACGCGUUGGUGCAUCGAAUCAACUCGUCUCAAUCUACCCUGCACCAGCCGCUUCUGCGCGGCUCGCUCCGCUAUUUGGAGUCACUGUUGUUCACGGUGGAGAAUAAACUGCCGUGUUUGUUAGUGGGCGAGAGCGGGUCUGGAAAGAGCUACUCGCUGCAAGCGUUGUCUUCUCUGCUGAACGUCCGUCUGCACGAGUAUAACAUGAACACGACCACGGACGCCACGGAGAUUCUCGGUUGCUUCGAGCAGGUGGAGGUUUCGCGGCAUUACUCGCGGUUAUUGGGCGAGCUGGUUGAAAUCUUGGAGAAGUUCUUGUGGCGCGCUCUCAUUUCGAAUUGUAGCGUUGCGAAUCCGGCGCAGGACUUCUCGAACAAGCGUCUUCGAGUGAACAGCAUCGGAGACACGCGCUAUUCGAUCGACCAAAGCGAGAGCGAAGGAAUCGCGGAAGGCCACAAGCGAUCGAGAGAAGUGACUCCGCGAAUCGGAGCGAUGCUUCCUUCGGAAUUGCAAGUCAUGGCAUUGGUGGAUGGAGGGUCGGACAAUGGAGUGGAUAUCGAUUCUGUUUUGAAUCGUUGCGAAGAAACGCUCUCCAAGCUCUUUGCGUCUUGUGAGGAAGACUAUGUGGACGAAAUGAAAAACUUGCUGAAGCCUGCGAACGAAGUGCUUCUAGCGAUCCAGGCGAUCAAACGAGCGUCGAAGCAUGUGGCGUUUGAAUGGAUCGACGGCUCGCUGAUCGAAGCGAUUGUCCGUGGACAUUGGGUUGUCUUUGACAACGUGAACUUCUGCAACGCGUCCGUGCUGGACCGAUUGAAUAGCUUGCUCGAGAAUAACGGAUUCUUGCUGAUAAACGAGUGUGGAUUGGUGGAUGGGAAGGAGCGAAUCAUCUACCCGCACAACAAUUUCCGCAUCUUCUUCGUGAUGAAUCCUUCCUUCGGCGAGAUCUCGCGCGCCAUGCGCAAUCGAUGCGUGGAAUUGUAUUUCUCCACCCCAUCAACGCUUUCUGUGCAGAACAUCCCAGCGCUUUGGGACGCUUUCGACCUCGUCAACAGCAAGAAAGUGAACGAUCUUCUCUUGGUCGUGGUGCUUCUCUUACCGGUGUAUGCGGAUCUUGUUCGCGUCGUGGCGUUGAGCAUGGUCAAACUGAAUGCGCGCUAUCUUUCGCGGUUUGCCACGCUGGCGAUCGAGCAGUUGGAGCGCGGGAAAACUCCGCGGGAAAGCCUGGAGGUCGCAGCGACGAACACAUUCCCGCUUGCUUCGGUGAAGGAGUAUUUGGGAUCAGAGGAAUUCGAGAAGCGGAUCGCGAAUUAUCAUCGCAUUGGGUCGUUCUGUGCAAAGCAUGGAAUCGAAAGCCGAUUCUUUUUGGAUGAUUGGAAGACUUCGCUGGCGAAUCUGUGCAAUGAAGCGAGCGACUUGCAGAUGAUUCGCGAAGCCUUCUUGCUGCACAUUUUGAUUCGGUUGGAAGCGCAUUCGCAGUUAUCUUCGGAGACCCUCAAUGAAUGGAUGCAGUUGAUAGAGGAAGGGCUGGAAGACGAGCAGAGGCAGCUUUUAAAGCCGCUUCAAUUCUUCCUGAAGCGAGCGCCGCAGGAAACCUCGCUGAUUCUGAACGUGGUGUGCGUCUAUUUGGUGUUUAUGCGGAGCCAGCCGAACUUGAAUCAGAUCGAAGUCUUUUUGUCGCCUGCGGUUUGCGAUGCUGCGACUGCUGAAACGGCAGGGAAGAUCUUGAGCAUGGUGAAGGAGGCGCUGUACAUCGUGCGAUCGAGUCCCUUCUAUCAGCAAUUCAAAGCAGCGCAAAGCACAGUGCGUUCCUUCGUCGAGCAAACUCCGACUUCUCUCCCUGUGGCCCACAUUCCGCUCUUCAGCAACAAUUUCGAUGAGUCGAUGCUUUGCACGGCGACCGAACUCAUGGAUCAUCUCCCCCUCUUUAUCUCAUUGCAGGAUCCUCUGCUCGUUCGUCUGCGAAAGCGAGUGAUCAACCAGGGAUUGCUCGCUCGGUCUGAAGAGUACCGAUCGGUUCUUGCAGAGUUGGAUACGGCGAUCAGUCGAAUGAAUCGGUAUAUCUAUUUGGUCCCUCUAAUCACGCUUCUCUCGCACUUGACGAAGAACGCAGUGGAGGUAUCGAGAGGCCAGGCGUUGAGUCUGCAAGUGCUGGGCGAGAAGUCGGUGUUGGAGAUCUCGCUAUUGGUGAGCAAGCAGAUUCUGGACAUGUCGCAGAUUCCCAACGCGUCGGUGGUUGCGAGCGGAUUGCUGUUCUCUCCGCUGACCCAAAUCGCGAUGGCGCUGAUCCAAUCAACGAUCUCUUGCGAUGAGUUGGUGUAUUACAUUCAGUAUCUCGCUGCAUAUCUUCACUUGCUCCACUCUACGCGAUACGAUCAAGUCUCACAAACAUUCAACAUGCAAUUAGUCGCCUUCCUUCAAAUCUUCUCUUCUCUCGUCGCUCACACGCAUUCCUUCCUUUCCUCCCAAACAGAAUCCGCGUUCCAUGCAUCGGUUCAGAACAUUCUCUCGGACCUUCACAUUUGCAGCAAUAUCGCGAUGGAUAACAAACUGUGGAACCUCGUGGGCCGUCCUUUAAUGGAGUUUUCGUCGGAAGCCUUCGCGAGCUUCUUGGAAAUUCUUGGAGAAUGUGCCUCGAACCAUUUCGUCUAUCAAGAAGCGCUAUUGCCUCAAUCGCUCCACGCGUCGUUGCAUCAAUCCAUCGUGUUGCUGACUCCCGAUGAGCGGCGCUCUCUGGUCGAUGCGAUGGCCACGUUGCUGUGGAUGUCGCAUACGCAGCAAUCGGGCGAAGGCGUGGUGACGCUCGCGCAGAUCAAAGAAGUGAUCGAAAAGAGCUUGCGGAACAGUCUGGAGCGUCUGCAGAACACUGUGAAUGUUGUGGACACGUCGUUCAAUGGGUCCGUGGAGAUGGAAGACGCCUCUACGUCCGUCGUGUUCACGCAGAAGAGCGCGUUCGAUCUGUAUGGAACUCUAUUCCAUAACGUUGUGUUGCUGAAUGAGUCGUUCAAGCAUCAAGCUUCGACGCUCUCGCUUCUGCUCGGCGAAUUCACGCAUUCGCAGCUUGAGAAACGCUAUGAAGAGGAGCUCGCGAAUUUCGUGGUGUCUCCGGAACAAUUGCUGGCGUUGCGCCAGGUCAGCUGGAUUUCGACGCGCAGCGAAUCGCAUGAGGAGUUGCGAAAGCAGCUGCCUGCGUAUCAGCUGAGCUAUCUGCGGUACUACUUGGAGAAUUAUUGGAAUGACUGCACGAUCGGGUAUUCCAUGAUGCAGGAGCGCAGCGAUUCGCUGGAUGUGGAGGCCUUGAGAGAGCAGUUCGUGGGUUCUGGAUUGAUGCUGACGCCGUACACCGCGGUGAAUGUGAGUGGAGCGAUCGCUCCGUUGUGGAACGUGAGAGGCUUCUCUGUGAAGAACAGUCGCGAUCGGAUCGAGCAGCUGGGCGUGUUCGAAAAGCUUCUGUCUGCCUUUUUCGAAGAGCUUCCGAAGCUUGGGAAAACCGACGAGUUGCAGCAGGAGCAGACGAUUCUGUCGAGAUUGGUGCGCUUGCUGUUGGAUGCGGAGCGAGACUACAGCGCGGAGGAAGUGGAGCAGAUCUUGAAAGGCCAAUUGGAGCAAGCAACAGACGUUUCAUCGAUGCGGUAUGAAUCGCUGUGUUUGGCUGUGAUUCCGAAUGUGUUGCGAUUGCUGUCGCUCUGUAGCGGCAAUCCGUUUGUCAACACGAUCGUUGUGAGUGUGUGCUGGAUCUUGCUGGGCCUUUUGCUGUUCAAUCUGCUUCUACCGAGUUCGAUCGUGGACCCAUUACUGAAGGACUUCAUUGAGGGAGACAUCGUUCGGUUCAUGUCGGCAAAUCUCGCCGAUCUGGCGUUUAUUCUCCAGUUCCAGUCUCUCCAGCUGCACGGAUCGAUCGCUUCUUCGGGUCCCAACAUCGCGGCAGAGCAGGAAUCGCUCUUCGUCUCUCUUCUGAAGAGAAACCAAAUCACGCUGGAUCGGUUGCAGCAAGGAGAGUUCAAGCGAGUGUGCUCCAAUUCCUUCGAUCAGCUCUACAGCACUCUCUACUCGUUCGGAGCCAGCAUUCUUUCCAUUUCGCGCGUGCGUCACUUGACGGAGAGCCUUCUCGGCCAUUUAGAAUCGUGCAUACAGCGCGAGGUAGUGAAGACGAGCGAUGGAUCGACGCUGCGUGGUGUGUGGGAUCUGAUUCAGAACAGCAUGGAUCGAUUGAUGGAAAGUCCGUUUACCGUUCGAGGCGAUUCGACCGCGACGUCGACUUCCGACAUUGCGACAUUGCUGAAGGAGGAACAGACGUUCCAUAGCAAUAAUCUCAGCUUCAAGCAGUCCUUGCUUCGCAGUUAUUUGGGAUAUCGUGAUAUUGUCGAACCGAUUGUUUGCUCGGUGACGCAGAUUCAGCAUGGAAUGCGUCUGCUAGCCACGCUGGCGAAAGCCGUUCCCGAGCAAUCCAACCUUUCUCUUGGCAAUCAGAGCCUUUCCUAUCUGUUUUUGUCGCACUUCGCGCAGUUCCCGCUGCGCAUCGUUUCAGUGGAGUACCAGAAGAUCGGGGAUGAAUUGGUGAGUGUGAUGAACAACGAAUUGCUCCGCGAAACGCAGAACAAAAGCGUGAUUUUCCGGUCUCUCCUCACGCAACUUCUCCUUUACAACAUGACGGUCUUGAAACGAACGACGACGGACAGCGCGAUUGUGGAGUUCAUCAGCCACUUCACCGACUUGUACAACGAGCAGAAAGAGAAGGAGGCGGAGGAGCGAGCGAAGGCGGAGAAGGCCGUCGAGUUCCGCGUUCGCAAUCUGAACAUCGACAACAUUAAAGGCAAUGAAGAGAUCGUGGAGGCUGCGUUCCGCCAACAAUUCCCUGACUAUCAGCUGUUGUUCGAUGAGGAGGCGCAGGCCAAGGCCGCAGCGCAAUCCGUGGAUGUGGAGGCGGAAUUGCAGGAGCUGAAUCGUGGAAUUCGUGGAACUGGGGAAUCGAAGGAAAUCGAAGAGAAUGGCGGUAUUUUCUCUUCGGACUGGAAGAUCAAUUUGGAUGAUGUGGGGUAUGUGUGCGAAAUCGUGGAAUAUCUGGUGAGUGCUGCGAACAGUCGCGAAGAAUUGGCAUAUCCGGUGCGAGAGCAGAUUCUCUUUUUGAAUAGCCGCAUUCUGCUCAGUUUUGAGAAGGAGAUUCGCUCUCUGGUUCUCACGGAUUAUGAAAAAGCCUCGUCCCUUCUGACGUUACUUGAAUUAAAGCUCGGAAAGGACGUGACGCGAGGCCGCGAUCUUUCGAAUCUUCUCCAUCCUGCGCGCGCCUAUUCGUUCCACAAUCACUCCAACAUUUCCGAAGCCGAAUACUGCGUCAAUAUCCUGCUUCCCUUGAAACGACGCGUCUUCGAACUCUUGAAAUUGUAUCCCACGCACGUCGUGCUGCAGUACAUCCUUCGAUUGAUCGACCAACUCUUCGCCCUUCCCAUCGUAACGCCACUCACCGUUCUGCUUUCUGGCGUCGAAGUAUUGUCGCGUCGCGUUCAUGACUGGGAAGUGAGCGCUGCCAGCAUGGUUUCGCUCGCAGAGCACGUGAAGCAGCUGAGCGGGUUGAUUAUUCGAUGGAGAAAGCUGGAGUUGGAAUCGUGGGGUUCGUUCUUGGAUGAAGAAGAGGAGAAGGCCUCGUUGAAGAGCCGAGAGUAUUUCUGCCAGCUCUAUUCGAUGCUUCUUCCGCAGAAUCGAUUGAAUGACUCGAUCGUUCGCUCGGAUUCCAUGGAAGUAGUCAAUGAGUUCCAUCGGAUUUGCGCGGAGAUCGGAAUUCGGCCGCAGGAUUUGUGGCCGUUGAUGGCUUCCAACUGCCGGAUUCGAUCGCUGAGCGGAAUCAAGCAGGACGAAAACGACUCCGAGGAGCGAGUAGCGGUGAAAUCGGGGCAAAUCUUAUCGAAGGAAGUGUGCGAAUAUACGCAUAGUUUGAUCGACAUUCUGGAUAGCUAUCUGCGAGGAAGCCAGCUGUUGGAGUUUUCGUCUCGUCUGCAUUUGCUGUCGCUGCUCUCUCGCUUUAUGCGAUUGCAGCUCUCGCAGACGCAGUUGGAGAACUCGAUGCUGGAGACGAACAUGAACAUUCUGUAUCACACAACGCGUUUGUAUUCCGUGUUCUUGCCUGCGGUGAAAGAGGAGAUAACGCAGAUCAAAACCCCGAUCGAGAAGCAGUUGAAGGAUCAAGUGAAGCUUGGAAAGUGGGACGAUCAGAGCUAUUUCUCGCUGCACGAAACGGUGGGUCGAAUUCAUCGACAGUUGUUCAAGCUGAUUUAUUCGUAUCGAGACAGCAAUAACAUCAAAGUGUCCGUGGUAUUGGAUCGGUUCUUAGAAGGCGAAUUGGAGAGUCGCGAUCGAGACGAGCCUUCGCUGAACGAUAAAUCAGCAAAGAAGCAGCAGAAAGAAGAAGCAGAAAAAGAGCCGAUUGCUGUGAAGCGACUGGCCUCGAAGGAUUUGAAUUGGGACGUCGAUCCUUCCAAGUUUGAAUCGCUCACCGCCUCUCUCUCGCAACUGGAGCAAUCGCUGCAUUUAGAAGAGUUGUCUUCCCUGGAAAAAAUGCCCGUUGUGAGUCAUCGCUUCGCGCAGAUUCUAAACUCCUCCUCCAUGGAGUAUAUCUUGGGCGAGCAGGUUCCUGGGCAAUCGUUGGAUGAAUUGGCCGUUACGAUCAUCACUACAGCGAUGGAGCUUCGCCACGAAACCAAAUUCGUCAUUCGGAAGCACAAAGAGUUCAGUCACUUGCUCUCCCAUCUCAAGGAAAACGGAUUCUCCGCAUUGCGAGCCACGGUUCCCGUAUACCAGCAGCAAUACGACGCCGUAAUGCGUCUCAGCAUUCCGGAAAUGCGGCCGAUUCCAUCGAUUCUGAAAGAACUCGUUCCAUUGAGCGGCGCCCUGCAGCAGAACUUGGCGUUGUUUGCGAGUUCCUGGUCGAAAGGCGAUCAGUACUACUACAAAGAUUACUUGCUGCUGACCUCGCUGCGAAUGCAAGUCAGUCGCGAAGUGACCGAUCAAGUCACUCCCGCGGAAGUGCGUCGAUGCAUCGGAUAUACGGAGAAUCUGAUGCUGAAUCUGAUCCAGGAGCGCGAGGUGUUGCUGUCGCUCAGCUCGAAGCUUGUGAGUCUGUUUGGCACCUUGAAACACGUUCGUUGUCUCGGAAACAACUUCCAAAAUCUCAACGAAGACGCGAUUGUGGUGUGUCCCGCGGUUUCUGAUGUGGCGGGAGAGUUGGAAACGCUGUAUUCGAGCAAUAUCGAGAUUCUGGACGAGCUUCUUUUCUUUGCUCAGCAGAUCGGAUCCGAUGUGAAACUCCCCGACUCGUUUGUGGAAAUCUGCUCAGAGACCCGGAAGAGUUUGCAGUUGGAGCUGGAGAAGCUGACCGUCCGCGAUUCCUCGCUCGGCUAUCAGCUCUAUUGCAUUACGAACUCGUCGCUGUAUCUCCACGCGUUCCAAGUCCUCGGAGAAAACAUCCAGCGACUGCGCGAAGCGAUUGGGGCGAUGACCGACGUGAUCUCGAUCGAUAAACUGUAUUCGGCGGCGCAGCAUUGGGAAGCGACGCUGCAGCGAGCGAAGAACGGAGUGGCGAUGAUCGAGCAGAACGCGAUUGUGGUGCCUCGAGCGUCUUUAGAGAGUGGAGUGAGCGCUGAGAUGGAGCCGAUUCUGACGAGUCGGAAUGGAUUGGUGGCGCGAUUGCUGCGUGUUGUGCAGGGAUUGAAGAAGCUGUGCGAUAAGAAUCAGAAUGGGGAGGAGCCAAUCGGCUAUCAGGGAAUGCACGAAGCUCUUCUGCAUAGCUGGUCGAUUCUGAGCUUGGGCGCGAUCGAAUCCGAGUUCAAUGAGUUGAUUCGGCGAGUGAUUGGCAGUUCGCCUGCUUCGCUGGUGUCUGGAAUGUUUUUGUUGAAAGAUAUUGUUCCGAUGAUGCAGCAACUGCUGGUAAGCGUGUUCGACGUUUUGCUGCGCGGCGUGUUGUUGAACAAAGCGAUGGGAAAGCUGGAAUACGUGCUCUUGAAAUUGUUUAAGGAGAUUUUGAAGAAAGGAUUCUGCCUGCCGCCCAAGCAAAAGGAGGAAAAGAAGCAGCAAGAAGAAGGAGAGGAAGGAGAAGCGGAAGGAACGGGAAUGGGAGAAGGUGAAGGCGAGAAAGAUGUAACGGACCAGCUGGACAGCAAGGAACAGUUGGAUGGAUUGAAGAACGAGAAGCGCGAAGAGAAGGAAGAAGAGGGAGAAGACAAAGACAAAGAAGCGGAGAAUACGGGAAUGGAUGUCGAGGAUGAUUUCGAUGGAAAUAUGGAGGAUGUGAAGAAAGAAGAAGACGAGGGAGAGGAAGACGAGGAAGAGGAAGAAGAAGAGGAUGAGCGGGAUCGCGAAAUGGGAGAAUUGGAUGAUGAGGAUCAGGAAGUAUUGGAUGAAAAGCUGUGGAAUGAGAGCGAAGAGGAAGAAGAACCGAAUGAAGACGAGAAGAUUGAGCAGGAUGCAAAGCAGCAGAACGAGAAAAACACGGAUGAAAUGAUGACGAAAGAAGAUGAGGAUGAAAAUGAAAAGAAAGACAAUGAUAAUGAAAAUGAAAAAGAUCAAGAGAAAAAGGAGAAUACUCAAGAAGAAGAAAUGGAAGAAAUGGAAGAAAAUGAUGAUAUCAAUGAUUUGAAUGAACAGGAAUACGAAGACGAUCAUCACAUGAAUCCAAAGGAAGAAGAAGAAGAAGAAGAAGAAGAUAUGCUUCCGGAUGACAUGGAAAUUGAAGACAGCGGAGAGGACGAAAAUCCCAAUCCGGACGAAAUGGAAAACGAGAUUCCUCCAGAAGAAGAAGAAGAUGCAGAAGCGAAUGAAAACCAAGAAGAGGAGGAAGAAGAAAUCAAUGAAGAAGCAGAAAGCAUUGAUAUGCAAGGAAUCGGAGAAGAAGAAGAAGAAGAAGAAGAAGAAGAAGAAAACGAGAAUGAAGAAGAAGCUCAGAAUGGGGAAAAUGAAAAUCCGGAAAUCGACGACAAUCAGCCUGAAGAAGCAGCCGAGAAGGAAGAAACGCCAGAGAAGAAACCGAAUUCGAUGGCUACGGAGGGAAUUGCCGAUGAAGCGGGUCAAGAUAAUGUUCUUGGCGAAGAAUCGCAGAAAAAAAGCGGACAAGAAGAAGAAGAAAAGAAGGAAGAAAUGGAGGAAGAAGAUGAAGAAGAAAAGAAAGAAACGCAGCGAAAUGGAGAAUUGAAAGAAGGAGUUGGAAACACAAAAGAAGAAGAAGAAGAAGAAGAGAAGAAAGAAGAAGAAGACGACGAGAAUGAAGUCAAUCCGUACAAGAAUCCAGAGAAAACGCAAAAGAAGUGGGAGGAGGAAUAUCAGCGUCUUCAGAUGAUUCCGCAGAAGGAAAAAGAAGACGAGAACGAAGAAGGCCUUCAGCAGAACGAUCCGAACAAUCAGCAGCAACAAGAAGAACAAGAGCAAGAAAAGAAGAAUCUGGGAGCGGAAGUGAAGCAAGAGCAAAGCGGGCAGGACGUUUUGGCGCCCAGUUUGCAAGACGUGGACUUCAAGCCGCUGACGGAAGAGUCCAAUCGCAUUGAAAUGGAAGUCGAAGAAGAGGAGAACGGCGAGGAAGAAGAGGAGAAAGAGCCGGACGAGGGGCUGCAGUACGAGAAAGAAAUGAACGAUGCGAUGGGCGAAAACGCGCCGGAAUUCCCCGAAGACGAAGAAGCGCUCAAGGAAGCGGAGGAGCGAAAGCAGCGCGAAGAAGCCGCCGCGUUUGCGAGCGAUUUACUGGAUAAAGUCACCAAAGAAGGCGCUGGGAAAAGUGUCGACGCACUUGGAGCUUCGAGAAGCCGAAGAAGAAGAGGUAAAGCUCCCCUUCGUCGAAGAGGACAGUUAUCUCAACAUGAACGUGAACGAGCUGCUGGUGAGCGCCGUGCAGGAUCCGACGGUUCUCUCGCGAUCGAUCGGCAUUUGGAAGGAGUGCGUGGCGUCGACGACCGACCUGUCGAAUCGUCUCAGCGAGCAGCUGCGCCUGCUGAUGGAGCCGACAAAGGCGAGCAAACUGACCGGCGAUUUCAAGACGGGGAAGCGGAUCAACAUGCGGAAAGUGAUUCCGUUCAUCGCGUCGAACUAUCGAAAAGACAAAAUCUGGCUGCGUCGGAGCAAGCCGAGCCAGCGCGAGUACCAAAUCAUGCUGGUGAUCGACAAUUCGGAGAGUAUGAAGGUGAACAACGCCGGCGAAGUGAGUUUCAAGACGCUGGCGCUGAUCGGCAACGCGCUGUCGCAGCUGGAAGUCGGUCAGAUCGGCGUGAUGUCCUUCGGAGACAACGUGCAGUACAUCCAUCCGCUCGGCACGCCGUUCACCGCGCAGUCGGGCGCCUCUGCGCUGGCGCACUUUUCGUUCGCACAGAAAACCACGAGUUUUGA